UUGCAACGCCUUAACUCCUCCCUCCUCCUCUCUUUGCCCCUCCCACUUUCCCCUCCCUUCACCCUCCUCCCUCUCAGACUCGCCUUUGACGGGAAAUCGAAAGUGAAAUAAGGAACCAGCUGCUGAGUCCUCUGAAGAGAUCUCCCCAGUGCUGCUUAAUAGGUACAUUACCCCCAUGGCCUCAGCAGUGCCCUUGGCGAUGAUGUGGGAGGAGGUCACGUGCCCUAUCUGCCUGGAUACCAUGGUGGAGCCCGUGAACAUUGAAUGUGGUCACAGCUUCUGCCGAGAAUGCAUCUCUGAGGUUGGGAAAAAUGGGGGCAGCGUCUGUCCUGUGUGCCGGCUCUGCUUCCUGCUCAGGAACCUCCGGCCCAAUAGGCAGUUGGCCAACGUGGUGGACAACCUUAAACAAAUCAGCCAGGGUGCCAAGGAGGGCACACAGGGAGAGCUGUGUGCGGUGCACAGAGAGAGACUUCACCUGUUCUGCGAGGCAGAUGGGAAGGCCCUUUGCUGGGUGUGUUCCCAAUCCCGGAAACACCGUGACCACCCCAUGGUCCCUGUGGAGGAGGCUGCUCGUGAGUACCAGGAGAAGCUCCAGGUGGCAUUAGAGAAACUAAAAAAUGGGCAGCAGUUGGCUGAGAAGCUGGAAGUGGAUGUUUCAAUGAAGAGAGCAGCCUGGAAGGGGAAGGUUGAAGCACACAAAUUGAGGAUUCAUGAAGAGUUUGUGAGACAGAAAAACUUCCUGGCGGAAGAGGAGCAGAGGCAACUGCAGAAGCUGGAGGAGGAUGAGAGGGAAAAGCUGAGAGUCUUGGGGGCGACAGAGGCCAGGCUGGCCCAGCAGAGCCAGAUCCUGCAGGAGCUGAUCGCAGAGCUGGAGAGGAAGAGUCGGGGCUCAGCGCUGGAGCUGCUGCAGGAGGUGAAAAGUGUCCUGGAAAGGAGUGAGAACUGGAACCUGGAGAAGCUAGACAUUGUCUCCCCAGACCUAGAGAGUGUGUGCUGUGUGCCCGGGCUGAAAAAGAUGCUGAGGACGCAUGGUGUACACAUCACACUGGAUCCACGUACAGCCAAUCCAUGGCUCAUCCUUUCGGAGAAUCGGAGAGAAGUGAGGUUUGGAGACAUCCAGCAGAAGGUGCCUGAAAAUGAGGAAAGAUUUGAUACUUACCCCAUGGUCCUGGGUUUCCAGUGCUUUGACUCCGGAAAACUUUACUGGGAGGUAGAUGUGACAGGAAAGGAGGCCUGGGACCUGGGGGUCUGUAGAGACUCUGUGCGGAGGAAGGGGCAUUUUAUGCUCAACCCCAGCAAUGGCUUCUGGACAAUCUGGCUAUGGAACAAACAAAAGUAUGAAGCUGGCACCUGCCCCUCUACUCCCCUCCACCUUCAGGUGCCUCCAUGCCGAGUUGGGGUCUUUCUGGACUAUGAGGCCAGCACUGUCUCCUUCUACAAUAUCACUGACCAUGGCUCCCUCAUCUACACCUUCUCCGAAUGUGCCUUCACUGGACCUCUAAGGCCCUUCUUCAAUCCUGGUUUCAAUGAUGGAGGAAAAAAUGCGGCCCCUCUGAUCCUCUGUCCCUGAGGAUGGGCUGAUAGGGAUCCAGAGACUGUCAAUGGCUCUCUCUGGACACCAACACACCUCUAUUGGUUCCCCUUCUCAGCCACUAGCCCUGCCUCAUUUGCCCACGACCUCUGAACCACCUUUUUCUCUGCAGAGGUGUCAGGAUGCCAGCCAGCCAACUUUAGCAGGGAGAUCACUGGAAGUCUAUGUCAAAUGACCUUCACCACCAAUAUUCCUGCCCUACACUGCUUUAUGACUCCCUCCAUGAAACAUGCUACUUGUAGAUGGCCCCCAAACCCAUCUGGAUCAAUGAAAACAUGCUUCUGCCUUUUUUAUGCGACUCAAGUUUCGUUUUCUCCUCUCCUUCUCUAGGCCUUUGGUCAGAUCUCUACUAUGUAUCUUGCAAAGGACUUCCUAAAUAAACUGGGCCUCAACCUG